GGAUUCUUAAUUGUAUUGCAGGAUUACAGGUUUUGAUUAGAAUUGCAACCUUUGAAACCCUAAUUUAAGAAAUUGGAAUCUUGAUUGUGUGAUCUACAUGCGUACCUGUAAUCUUUUUGCUUAACGAUGUACUCUGAAUGUUCUGUUUAUCUAUUUAAUUCAUGGAAUGCAGAUGAGGAAGAACAGUAAGAGGAUUAAACUGAGUCCUGGUGGCCAUGUGGAAGAAUUUCCUCAGGAGGAACUUCCUCUUGAGGUUAUUGGAGAUAUAUUGUCUCGGGUAAGAGUUGCACGAGAUGUGAUUAAAGCUUCUCUAACUUGUAAGAAGUGGCGAGAGGCUUAUUGCAAACACCUUCGUGCACUUUUGCUUGAAGCCAGUCACAUAAAGGCUUUCUAUGGCAGAUAUUUCAGGCGUGCUCCUGAUGUGGAACUGUCAAUAUCAAAGAUGAUAUUUGAAUCACCCGGUUUGCAAAAACUAUCAAUUCGCAUGUGCGCCGACUACAAGUUUCCGGUCAGUUUAGUCGUGGCUUGGUUGAUGUUCGUCAGAGAAAAUUUGUUGGAGCUGUUCUAUGAGGACACAACUUCUUUCGAUGUCAAUGUGCUAUACAUAUUCAAAAUGCAGAGAUUGGAGACCUUGAGUUUGUGUGAUUACAAAAUAAAAAGGGUCAAACCAAAUUCCCUAAGAUUUCCCUAUUUGACAUCACUGACUCUAUGUCGUGUUGGUAUUCCAGUACAUGAUCUAAAUCGAUUUCUUGAUUCUUUUCCCAAACUCGAGCGUUUGAAACUUGAUGCUCCCUUCCCGCACUAUCCAGAUGAUGUCUUUUUCUCAAGAUAAAGUUCUCAAUGUGCAUUGUCCUACACUGAAGAUGCUUUUUCUUGAUAAUUUGAAACUGUUCAAGUUUAUAUUGGAGAAGAGUAGUGUUGAGCAUUUGCAAGUGAAGCGUUGCUAUUUUGUUUCGCUUAAAGUUUUUGGUGAUAAUACUUUGAGGGGCUUCAAAAUGUCCUGCUCUAAGGUUCGGCUUCUUGCAGUUAAAGAGACAGACAAUCUAGAGAGUUUUGAGAUCAUCAACAGUCACUUUACCAAAUCAAAUUGGUUCCCAAUGGCGAUACGGUCACCAAAUUUGAAGAAUUUGAAGACGUUUCGCUUUUGGGGUUUUAAGCAACCAUCCACGUGUCCCGCAGCAGUUGAAGGCAUAUUUCCCAACGGGUCGAGAAUAGUGUUGGAUUUCAAACAAAUGGCCAUUUGUUUACCACAACUUAGCCAUCUUGCAAUGUUGUGUGAAGGAGUUGAUGGUCUUGUAUACAGAUUCGGGGGUUCGACUUCCUUGGAGAAGGUUGUGGUUUUGGAGAUGGGAUGCGAUGGUUCUAAACGCUUAGGCAAAUGGGCAGAGAAAUUGCUGAAAUGUUGUCCAAAUGCAAAGAAGGUAAUUGUUCAUUGGGUUAUUCCAGAAGGCAGAAAUUCAGACCAUUUGAAGGAUCUUUCUAAGCAGAGCACAUCAAUGGUUGAAAUGAUGAUGAAGUAUAGGCACAUACAAUGGCAGAUUGCCUACAAGUAUGAUUCUGAUUAUUAGUUGGUAACAAGGAUAGGGCUUGUGUCUACUCACCCUUCUUAGGUAUUUUAUUGAGUUUAUUGUUGGGUUUUGAUUAAUAGGCUCUCUAUUUUUGAAGUAGACAUAAGGCCCUCUAGACUUCACUUUUAUUGGUUUUGUUGGCUUUUAUUGAGUUUAUUGUUGUUCUUGAUGCCAAUUUAUUACAUUUCUACCAGUGAUUAUUACAAAUAAUUAAUUUAUGAAGGU